AGGCAACAUUCUAUUGGCUAAUACGUUUCUUAGAAAGCUGAUUUGCAAAGUCUCCCUCAGCUACGGCGCUUUGAUUUUUUAACAGAAAAUGGCGGAUUCAAAUAAUCUAGAAGAAACCUUAAAACCCUUUUACCACAGAGCUUCAGAGGCUGAGGAACGAUUGGCAAGACUUGAAAUUUCAAUUGCUAGUAAGACAGAUUCUAGAAUUGAGGAAUUAGAGAGAACAGUUGCUGAACUCCAGUCAAAACUGAAAGAUGUUACAGCUGAGCUCAAAGCAGAAAAAGAAAAGGCACAUAAACAGGAGGAAGAACGAACUUCAGAGAAUGCAAAGCUCAAAUAUCAAAUCAAACAUCUAGUUCGAAACCUAGAGGAGGCUCUUAGCAAGUUGGCGUCGAAGUGAGGUUGUUCUUCCUAAAGCUACAGUUUGAUCUUGGUCCCAAACAUGUUCCAGGAUGUUAGCUAUUUUACUUCCAUAAGUUAGUUGCAUGUCUUGCAUGCUAGCAAAGGAUUUAUUUUAAACUGUUGAUUCUUUAGUACAUGAGCUUGAAGGAAAAAGGUAGAAUUAAGUGUGAAAAUUGUGGAAUAUGUUUUUAUGCAUAUACGAACAUUUGAGGACGUCUGAACUUCUAUUGUAACUGCUGUUUUUAAUUCAUGCUAUAUCAAAUUUUUUCCAGUGGCA